GUAUUCGAUACGGAGUCUAAUUUGUAUGUAUGCCGCACAUGGUUUAUUGUGGCGCAAAUGUAUAUAAGUUUCCCGAAUUAGUAGUGUCUUUAAAGAUAAUACUGUUAUGUUAUAAAACCAAUAAGAAAUGUUGCAUGCUUUAGCAGUGCAACGACUUUAUAGUGAUUUGCUUAUAGAAAAGUGGGCAUAAUCAAUUGUAGAUGCCGGUUUGUGCGAUAAGAUUGUUUUGUGUUUCUUGAAACGGGGGUGUGACAGUUUGUGCAUUCUUAGAAUAUGGUAUAUUUUUUUUCUUUCAAAAUGAAACUGAAUGUUAUAUAAGUUUUACCUUCUGAUCGUUCGGUGAACCCCAACGAAUUACCACCACGCUAAAUUUCAAGGAGCGUACAUUGUACUUGAGAGUGUUUAUUUUCCUUUACAUGUGUCAACAAUUUGGAUUCAAUCGAAAGUGUAUAACAUUGAAUUUAAUUACACAACUUAUACGUUUUUCAAAAAUUUGUGCCAUAUCUUGACGUGAUGCGUUAUUAAACGACAUAAAAAUACCAAAGUUACGAAAGCUAUUUAUAGGUUAUAAAAUUAUAUGUGUGCUGUUGUCAAUAGCGGCAACGGCGAAUCAUUAAGUAAUAUUUAAUGCAAACUCCAUGCAUUGGCUUCAAGCAACAAAUAUACGCGAAGAAAUGCCUUUAAGCCAAUUAAAUCAAAGUAAUUUCGUUAGUACGAACGAAAGUGUAAAUCCUGGCACUGAAAUAACAUCAACUUGUUAUACUCCUCCACCUUCAUACCAUAAUAUUAAUUUACCUCUGGGACACCCAUCUACUUUGAGUAAUGAUUGUGGUGCACCUCCUUCUUAUGAAGAAGCUAUAGAUCCAAAUGCUCCUCCUCCAUCCUAUGAUUCAUUAUUUGGUCGUAUGAGGGAAGCACAUAAAGUUUCAAAAGGAGUAUUUGAUUUUUUGAAAAAUAUUAUCGUCUUACUUUUAGGCACUAUUGGAUGUACUAUUAUCUUAGGAGUAACAAUAGUAGUUCCAAUAUGUAUGAUGGUCAUUGGAGGACUUUAUCUUUAUGAUUGUCCACAAGGAGAAUAUAUUCCUGUUUAUUUAUUAGUGGGUGGUGGUUUUGGUGUUUUUAAACAGUUAUUACAUUUAUCUGCAAGAGUACGGCAACGUCAAGAAGAAAGAGACGAAGAAAGAAUACGACAAUCUCCAACACAAACAUUAAUUAAUUGUUUUAUGCUUGGCUGGUUUAUUAUAGGCUCAAUGUGGGUAUAUAAGGAAUAUGAGCCAAAUUAUGAUCCAGCUCUUGGCAAAUAUUGUAACAAAACAUUAUAUUUAUUUGCCUUUUGGUUAAUUACGGCUGUUUACAUAUUUCUCGGAGUGAUAACUGCCGGUUUUUGCAGCAUUUCGGUAGCAAGCAUCGCAUUUCAAAGACCACCUCCUGAUCUAAUGUAAAGUAACAUGAUCUCACUUUAAAGGGAAAAAUAGUCGUUCAAAAAUCUAUUAUUUUGGGAACAAAACGACAAAUUUUGCGAAAUGAAGAACAAAAAUUUUUUGUGGAUAUAAAAAAUCACAUCAUAACAGGGCACAAAAUUUCGUCCACGCUUUACGUACCUGAGAUGCUUAAAACAACAAUCUACAAACGGAUCGUUUGCACAUCUAAAUGCACACUAAAAUGCGCUCGAAUAUUAAAAUUUUAUUUUGUAAUCAAUUCAUGAUAACACAUUUCUUGAUUUUUCGUAGCGUAUUUGAUUCAAUAAUCUCAAUUAAGGCGACUUUUGCUAUGAAUCAUGUCAAACGGAUAUAGCAAAAUUGAUUGAUUUCUUAAAAUUGGUAUUGGAGGGAAGGAAAAAAGAAAAAAAAAAGAAAAGAAAAAAAAAUAAGAAAGAAAAAAAUAGUUGAUGCUUUAACCAAUUCAGGGCUGUGGAUAUUUCGCAAUAAUCGCGAAUUCUUUUGAUAUUGUGCCAAGAAAUCGCAAAGUUGUAGAGCGAAGUAUUUUGCUAUCAACAUCGAUUACUCCGUAUCGAUAUUCAAUUCGUAUGGAUAUUCUUAACUUGAGUAGAAUCUCAGGACGUGUCAUAAAAAAGAAAAAGAAAAAAAAAAAAAAAUAUUCUAACACGAGAGUGUCAUCGAACACUGUGAUAACAUAUAAGAAAAAAAUUUUACCGUCGUCAACGCGCUAAAACAUGAUACACAACUACUUUAAUGGCGUUUAAUUAAACGGCAGCUGUUUAACAGUUCUUCUACAAGUGAAGAUAGUCAUAUUCACUUGUAUAAAUAGCUUAUUGUUAAAAGACUGCGAUACUUCGCAAAACACGUUUUUUAUUCCUUUGCCCUCUCCUCCGUCCUUUUAAAACCUUUCGACCUCCAUUGAGCCUUUAUGUCAAUGUAGUCGAAUAACCGUUUUAUAAAGACUCGUUUGAAAAUUAAGGGGUAAACUAUAUAUAAAUAUAUAUAUAUAUAUAUAUAUAUAAAUAUACAUAUGUAUAUUAAACUCACUCGCUCCUUUUAGUAUUUCGAAACAUUUGAAUGCCAGUAUUUAUUAGUAUCGUUAGAAAAAAAAAAAAAAAAAAAAACAAUUUUUAAGAAAAUCGUCGCAUUUGAUUGGAUUAUUUAGGUUAUUAAUGUAGCGAGGAUGGAGAACUACUUUCGAUUGAAAAAACAAAAUGUAUUUCUCGACGUUUUAUUAAUGUAAAAAAAAAAAAAAGAAAAAAAAAGAAAAAAAAGAGAGAGAAAAAAAAAAGAAAAAAAAAACGUUUCUUCCACUUUAAUAUAAUAUUCUUUAUCUGUAUUUUUCAAGACAACGUUUUUCGUCUUCCUAUUUAAGUCCGGUUCAAUCAAUAUAUUGUAAAUAUACUUCGAAAUCAUAUCUCUUUCUCUCUUUCUAUAUAUAUAUAUAUAUAGUUAUCUAUUUACGUGUUACUAUUGACGAACGUACUUUUGAAAUAUACACGCUUGUAUGCCAUAAAAGGGAAAAAGAAGUAAUAAUAAUUAAAAAAAGAAAAAAAAGAAAAAAAAGAAAAAAAAAGGAACCUUAACGAAUGAUAACGAGCGAGCUUGCGCUUUCCAAGGAUAUAGAGGACACGAAAAUCUCUUGCGUAAUUUAAGUACAUGAUUAAUAUAUAUAUAUAAUAAAAUUGAUCUUUCGAUUAAAAAAAAAACUGAAUAGACUGCAAUUAUCUUGAGCGUACGCUUAGCUAAUAUUAUGAACACAUACCCUCGUUCUAUUUGUUGCUGAUAUUUAAUGUAUUACACGUACGUACAUACUUACAUAUACAUACACUUACACAUUGAAUACUUUGCAAAUGAAACUUUCGAACAAAGACCUAUGCGUGCCUGUAAAAUACGUUCUUUACAUUGUCUCGUAUUAUGGGCACAUACGCACAUUUGUUAUUAUAAUUUCCUAAAUAAACUGCUUAAAAACA